AUGAGCUCUAGAUGCACACUUUUAGCGGAUCGCACAGACGACGCCGUGCAAAUGCUUCUUGGCUUCAUUGCGUUGUCAUCUCUAUAUGCAAAAUGGCAUUUUGAACAACCACGGAGGCCUGUCAAGGUUUGGUUUAUGGAUGCCAUGAAGCAAGGGACAUCAGCUGCUAUGAUUCACUUCAUAAAUAUUUUCUUUGCCAUCGGACUUGUCAACUUUUCCGAUGAGCCUAAUGAUCAAGAUCAAUGUGCCUUUUAUUUCAUGAAUGUUGUGAUCGAUACAACACUUGGUGUAUACAUUGCAUACUUGUUGUUGCAGCUUUUUACAAUUAUUGCAAUGCGGCAGCAAUGGACAAAUGUGCGGUGUCACGGGUAUUAUGGAUCUCCACCAUCGUGGCGAAUUUGGUGGAUUCAAUUAUUGCAAUGGUGUUUUAUUUUAACAAUCAUGAAAGUUAUUGUGGGUCUCGUGCUCUUUAUCUUCUCAACGCCAUUGGGAUGGAUGGGAUAUUUGCUUUUCUAUCCUGUACAUCACCAUCCGAAAAUUGAGCUACUCAUUGUGAUGAUUGGUUGUCCAUUAUUUAUGAAUAUGGUGCAAUUUUGGAUCCAAGAUAGCUUCUUAAAGAAUGAUAAAAUUCAGUGUGACGAGGAAAUACCACUUUUGAACCAGAUGGGAGACGCUUUUGCAGUACAAAAGUCACGUGGACUAUCAAAUGUCGCCAAUGCUGCUGAUAUGCGGACGCAUCCUGGGGAUGUUUUUGUGCGGCUUGAUUGA